AUGAGGCUUAGAGGAACGCUCGUGUUGUUGGUCAUUGCGAGUGCAGUCUACAGUCAAAAUGCGACUGUGAUCACGAGUGACGGCCUUCAAGGUUACGACCCCCAGUUCAUGGUCGGCUGUUACUUUCCCGCGGAAUUUCAGGGUGAGUUCGUGACACAGGUGAGCGGAAAGGAAGCGAGCGAUACGAGCAACGAGCCCAUUCAAUAUUCCACCAUCAACAUCACGUUCAACGCGAUCCAUGUGUGGGGCUACUGCCACAAAAGGGUCGGCGAUAACGUGCUGCUAAUGGACAGGUACGGUGAUGGCGACUGUAUCCGAUGCUUCCGGUUGAUGCGGAGAUCACGCAAUGUUAUAGAGGUAUUCUCGGAAGAUCUGAAUAGAUGUUACACCUCUGCGGCCACUGCAUUGGCCUCCUGUGAUAAAUUGAAUUCUACGUCCAUCUUGUAUCGUACCAGGGAAAUUGGGAAUGUUCUUAUCAGAAAUGAAUAUUGUCCAAUAACUGGUCAGUAUCACUUCAAAUACAGUCUGAAUAAUAGAUCUGAGAAUGCUAUAGAGUGUAACAGCUUCUCAUCUUCCUUCAACAAUUGUCCUGAUGGCUCUAUUUUAAGAUUGCACUUCAAUCAUUGCAGCUUUGAGUCUCACACAAAUCUUACAUUUAAUUGCUUGGGCAACUGGCCUGGUCCAAAUGGCUCCACUUAUUUUGCUCUGAUGGACAGCAGUGCAGUCUGUGAGGGUAGACCACAGUAUAGGUGUGGGUUGUUCCAUGUUGACAAUAAAAAAGGAAAGACAUACAUGGCACUUAGCAGUGAUUCCAGCUGUACACAAAAUUUGGAGAAUUCCACUAAUGGAUAUGAGACACUAGUCCUUAGUAAAAUUCCAAAUCAAAAAAAAAUGCCAAAUUAUGUGAAGACUCAUGUGGCAACAUUUCCAAAAUGGGCCCAAGGUUUAUGGGAAGAGUCUCUGAUUGUUAAUGGUACUAUGACUUUCACUGAUCUUAAUGGCUAUAAUAGUUACACAUUCAUUACCGUGGAUUCAAACGAAGAAACUGGUCGCUACAUCGUUUAUUCCAAAGAUCAAUGUGAACAAGCAGCUUAUCUGUGUCUAAUGAUGAGGCAAAGAAGCGAAAAUGUAUUAGAAUUCACGAUAGGAGUAGUGUUAAGUCCAGUCUAUCAACAUUAUCUAUGUGAUGAUCCAAACUUAGAUAAACCAGUUUGGAUGACACAAGCGCGGAUCGAACGUGCGGUAGAAUCGCCAUGUCCAAUUACUGGCCAGUAUAUGGGGAUGAUAACUGACUUGUCAGGGAUGUGCGCUGAGUUGAGUAGCAAUUGCAACACACGCGAAAUAAUGUACUUUAAAGUCACUGACUGUGAGUCUGGUGAACUCUAUGAAGAACGGGCAUACUUAUGCUUAGGACAGUGGGAAGAAAAAGGUGUCAUGUAUGCAUAUACUAUGAGAAAUGAUACGGGUACGAACGAAUGUUUCGUUGGUUUAAUUGUCAACGAUGAAGAAAUAUAUAUCAAGGAAGCAGGCGAUCAUUGCAUUAGAAAUAUUGAUCCGAAGAAGGAAGGAAUGCGUUUGUAUAAGAAAGGCCAAUGUUAUGGAAAUUCUCCAAGUCCUGCUCCAACACCAAUGAAGCCAAUACCUCACAAUCCAAUAAUGAAAAUCACAACGACUCCACGAUCGAGGGUGUUAGGUACUCCCAGUAUAUCAGGGAAUAGGAUUCCGUCGUUUGCUUCGAGGAAAGCAGCUGGAUCUUACGGUUUUGUGUUAUUUAUAAUGCUACUUACGUUUUGUAGAAACACAUACAUGUAUAUUUGA